UUCCAGGCUAUCCCAUCAACAGCAAUGUCCUUGUCAGCGAGAAAAAGAGCAUGCUGCAAUAACAAGACUGGGAUGUUUCUUUCAUCACUGUUAAGUAUAAUCACUAUCAUUGGUGCUGUGUAUUGCAUGCUGGUAUCAGUGAAGGCUCUCUUGGAAGGGCCUCUCAUUUGUAACACUCUGGCCAAUAAUACUGUCACUUGUGAAUUUUCACUGAAAAACUUGAGUAACUUUGGUCCUGAAUCCUUCAAUCUGCAGUGGUUCUUCAAUGAAACUUGUGCUUCUCCCACUGUGUUAAAGACCACCACUACCAAUAGCAUGGGCAGUAACUGGAAGAUACUCAACUCCAACUCUGAAGAGGACAGACACAGGAUUUUCCACUUCUCAGUGUUUCUGAGCCUCCUGCUUGUUGGGAUCCUUGAAGUCCUGUUUGGGCUCAGUCAGAUUCUCAUUGGUUUCCUUGGCUGUCUGUGUGGUGUUUCUAGGCGAAGGGGUCAAAUUGUAUAGUUUAAAGGGUAAUAAGCUAGAGUCUCAGUACUUUGAAUAAUUAGAAAAUUGCAUUUAAAAUAUAUGUUUUUGUAAGUCCAAUAAUGAAGCAUCUUCUGGAAUACUGAGUCAUUUUAAUGCAAAAAGUUGUUUUGGGAAUCAUCUCUAAAGCAACUUUAAAAAACAAGCAAACAAACAA